AUGAACCUCCACUUUACCUCCCCAGUGCAUCCCGUCUCCGCGCCAAGGCCGACCUCCUUCUUCAUCGAAGACAUUUUGCUCCACAAGCCCAAGUCCUUGAGAGAGGUCCCUCCAGAGCACUUCUCCAGCCCCUUAGCUUCCAGGGUUCCUCUCCUGGACUAUGGAUACCCUCUGAUGCCCACACCCACCCUCCUGGCGCCCCAUCCGCACCAUGCGCUCCACAAGCCGGAGCAUCACCAUCCGUACUUCUUAACCACCUCGGGCAUGCCCGUGCCCGCCCUCUUCCAGCACCACCCGCACGCCGAGCUGCCGGGCAAGCACUGCCGCCGCCGCAAAGCCCGCACCGUCUUCUCCGACUCGCAGCUCUCCGGCCUGGAGAAGAGGUUCGAGAUGCAGCGCUACCUGUCCACCCCGGAGCGCGUGGAGCUGGCCGCCGCCCUCAGCCUCUCCGAGACCCAGGUAAAAACGUGGUUCCAGAACAGAAGAAUGAAGCACAAAAAGCAACUGAGGAAAACCCAGGACGACCCGAAGAACCCCAGCGGGGAGGAGUGCCUGGAGCAGAGCUCGAGCGAGCCUGAACUGAUCGACAAAGCCAGCUCGGACCCCCGCAAGGCCAGCCAGCCGCCCGCCUUCCUGCUGGAGGAGAACGAAGACGAGGUGGACAUCAUCGAGGAUGGGGAUCUUUGCGCCACCCCGCAUCUAAUAUAGACAUGCUCGUUUCCCUCCCCACAAGGCGAAGGGCCCGGCUGGCUGGAGGCCCCUGAUCUGGUUUUGCCGGCGGAGUGCUAAGAGCCAUGACUCCUCUGCCCAAUAACCAAGGCAGAUGUGAUCUCGGUCUGACCCGUCGCUGAAAAAGCUUGUCCCAGGCCCGAGCAAUCCCUGGUAGACCCAGCUAGUGCUAGAGCCAGGGAAUAUUUUAAGGCCACGUUUGAAAGGAUCUGUUUGUACAGUCUGGGAAAGAAACGUAUUGGAUUCGAUGUAAACCUAAUUGUAGCGCGAGCAGUCCCGUUUAUAUCAUUGGUUGCGAGUAGAAUCUGUCCGGCUUGGUUAUUUCUAAUUCAGCUCACGCUUGUUAACUGCUAUCGACUUUUGCGUCCCCUUUUGAGCUAGCACAAUUAAGCAUGGGAGUUUGAUCGUGUUUAAACACGACUUAAAAACAACCGAGAUAGCUAACACGAGGCUGUCAGCGUAGACAAGGUCAAGAGAGUCAGCUAGUCACGAUUGUUUUGGACACGGAGUUUAAACACGAUCACCACAUUCUCUAAUGUGGACAAAACUAUAACCAGCGUUCUGUUAUUUGGCAGAUAGUUUUGUGUGUCCCGCAAACACGUUGUAUAAAUGGGAGGUGCUUCUAAUUUCGUUCAAAGACAAGUACAAAUUUGACAUUUGCUUUGAAAACGGAAUAUUAAGAUAGCAAAAUCACGGCCCUAUAUUCCAGUUUUCCGGUCUCGUUCGAAAUGCAUGGAUAACAUUUAUCCAUUAGCAAAGCUUUUCCUAUUUUAACAUCAAAUUUAUACCCGGUGCAUUAUUUUAGUACACUGGUGUUGAGAGUUAAAUAUCAGGAAUACAUCGACUCGAGUGAGACAGAAGCUUGCUUAGUCACAAUGCAAUGACAAUGAAUGGUGUAUCCAGACAAUUUCUCUUAAUAUUAUUGUAAAUUACCAUUUAAAAUCAGACACACUCCAGCGAAUGCAUAUAUUUAAACACUGAAUUGCAUAAAGUUUCUCCAAAGAUGCAGGUAAGAAAAAUACAUUAUAUAUGAUUCCAAUCUUGUAAAGGGGGAAAGAAGUAUUGCUAACAAACUUGAUUUUUCUUAAGACAUCCAGAAAAAAAAAUGAAUCGAAUUUAUGUAGUAAAAUUGAUCUUAUAUAAUUUUAAUAGCUUACCUACAUCCUAAGUAUGAUUUAUGAAUCGUUUCCUGAUGUGAAUCAGUUUUAGAAUAUUUUUGUUUUUAACGGAGUUGAAAACUAAUUGAAAGUCUGACUCACGUUUCAUUGCCAGUGCAUGCUGUAUGAAUUCCAUCAUUCCGCAGUUCACAACUCUCCAGCGGUUUUAUACCUACACCUUCGGCUGAUAGCCUGAAACAUAUCAAGCUAUGAAACUGCACAUCCAUCUCUGCAUUGCAGAGUUGUAUAUAACAGUUUUAAACGAUGCCUCAGGCUUGCUUUUUAUUUAUUUACAUUACAGUGAAAUAUCUUGAAUUUCCAGUUAACAAAACAUUUCCUGGUAUAAGGUACAGACAAGAAGGAAAGGCACAAUGCUUGUUGACAGACAUUUGAUAUUGAAUGCAAGCUUUUGUUCGAAGAAACAUAAGGAAAGUUUGAUUUCUUAAGUUUUCUUCAAUGUUCUAGUUUAAACCAUUUCUGUGCAAACACUCCAAAUUCCAUUGCAGUGUCUCUGUAGGGUAUUUUGUAAUUUUUUUAAUUUAUUUUUUUAUUAAGAGUUGAUUUGGUUGUUGGGUGUCAUUAGCACUUUUGGUUUUUGGACUGUAGGACAUGCAAUUUUGUUGCAAAAAUUUAAAAAGU